UAUAUCAAAGGAAACAGGAAGCAAUUUGGCGACUCGAUUAAACACUAGUAAAUAGUGAAUGGAGUCCUUGUCCACGGGGAGAAGAGCUUCCGUAUUUCUUGGUUCUAAUGUCACGAUGUCCGUCAUAGUGCGUUGUUCACCUACACACUAAAUAAUUUUCAGAUAGAUUUGCUCUUGAUCAUUUACACAGCAAAAGUUAGUGAAUGGCUAAGCUCACUGGAGUAAACCUCAAGGAUUAUGGGAUAUCUAGUACUAUGGGGUUUCUUCUCGACAAACCACUGGAACGACUGCCAGAGUACUUUGGGGAAUGGAACUCUCUUGCAAAAGAGGCACCAAAGUUAUCAAGCCAGGAUAAAACUUUGCGGGAAAAAGUUCAAAAGCUGCCAUUACUUGAUCACGAGCGCCUGACGUCGUACCGUGAACUUCGACUCGCUCAUGUAGUGCUGGGUGCCAUUGCCACUGGGUACAUCUGGCAGGAAGGCGACCAAGGGGUUCCAAAGGUAUUACCCCGGGCCCUGGCAGUGCCUUGGUGUGCGGUGUCUAAACGUCUUGGUCUCCAACCAGUUAUUUGCCAUCCCGCACUUUGUCUCGCUAACGUCAAAAUCAAAGAUCCAAACAGGCCUGUGGAUUUAUCGAACCUCAGCUGUCUGUAUCACGUCGUUCCGGGGGGUAGGCAGGCCGAAUGGUUCAUCAUAGUCACCGCCAUGAUAGAAUACAAAUUCGCUCCUGCCAUUACGCACAUCAUCAAAGCUAUUUCCACUGCGUACAAUGAUGACGUCAAAGGAUACCAGAAUUCCAUGGCGGAAAUCAAAAAUGUGAUGACAAUACUAAAGGAGACAUUUUCUAGAAUGCACGAUGAGCUUGAUGCAGAUGUCUUUUACAAUGUUUUGCGUCCCUAUCUUAAUGGAUGGGGCGGGAAUGGAUCUUCAUUACCGGAAGGACUAAUUUACGAAGGAGUAUCGGAGAAACCUCAAAAGAUGAUCGGAGGAAGCGCGGCACAGAGCAGCACGAUGCAGUUGAUGGAUGCUGCACUAGGGGUCAAACACGAUCAAGACAUAGAAGACUUUUUAAACAAAAUGCGGUCGUACAUGCCUCCCAAACACGCCGCGUUUAUCGAGCUGAUUUCCCGGGAGACCAGUCUAAGGCAGUAUGCCCAGGCCUGUGAAGAUGUGAAGACUUCCUAUAACGAGGCAGUACAGUCACUGAUAGACUUCCGUUCCUAUCACAUACAGAUCGUCACAAAGUAUAUAAUUAUUACGUCCAACAACGAGGCGAGGAACAGAGACUUUGAGUCCGUGUCUAACAAGGGAACUGGUGGAUCCAGUCUCGUUCCAUUUUUGAAGAGUAUACGUGACGCUACGAACAGAGCUCUCGUAGAAUGACGUUAUUUGAUAUUCAUGACGUCAGCAUCAAGACCAUCAUUCCAGUAGUUCAUUUUGGUCGCUGUAGUCUGAUAAUAAGUCAUUUUGCCAAUCAUAUGUUUUGAACCCCGCCACUUUUCGAGAUGAGCAUUAAUGUCAGUUGUGGUUUUUAACGUUAUAGUUAUUUUGUAUGUUUAUUACAAUAAACAAAAAAACUGUAA